AUGGCUGCGAACAAAGCGACCCGUGUAGGGGAAGAGAUCUGGAAAACCCGAAUCGACAAGGUCAACGCCGAGCUGGUCACUUUGACUUACGGAACGAUUGUCGCACAACUAUGCAAAGAUUACGAGAGCGACUACGCCGAAGUGAACAAACAGCUUGAUAAGAUGGGCUACAACAUUGGCCUGCGACUUAUCGAGGACUAUCUCGCCAAGUCGAACACCAUGAAACGAUGCGCCAACUUCCGCGAAACGGCCGAGAUGAUCUCACGGGUCGGAUUCAAGAUAUUUCUCAAUAUCACCCCACAAGUUAUGAAUUGGACUAGUGAGAAUGACCAGUUCUCGUUAGUGUUUGAAGAGAACCCCCUCGCCGACUUUGUCGAGCUUCCUGAUGAUGGACGAGCGCAAGACCAGCUUUGGUAUUCCAACAUUCUAUGUGGAGUACUACGAGGUGCACUAGAAAUGGUGCAGAUGCAAGUUGAAGCUCACUUUGUCAGCGAUGUCUUGCGGGGCAACGAGAGCACAGAGAUGAGGGUUUCGCUAAUUCGAUACCUCGACGAUGAACUGCCACCUGAGGACGAUUGA